AUGAAGUUCCGUGAUGGCAUGUGGAUGACGGCCGAGGGCAUGAGCGUGCAGCAUGCCGAAGAAGUCUACGACAUCAGAGAGACCGAGCGAGGCCUCAGUUUGCUGUGUCCGACUAAGCGCAUUCUGAGACGAGGUGACACGCUGAACACGGCUACCUUGACUAUUGAACUCGAAGCUGAGAUUGAUGGUGUCAUCUCCGUCCAGGCCACCCAUUGGGACGGUGCUGUCAACAGGGGGCCGCACUUUGACCUGUAUCCCGCAGGCAAGCCCGCCGUCAAGCCGCAGGUCUCCAGGGACGAGCAAGGCACCACUCUGAGCUCCGGCUCGCUCUCCGCCACUGUCCACCCCGGCGAGCACACCUUCAACAUCGGCUUUCACGCUACAGAUGGCUCCAAGCGCCUGACUUCCAUGGCCAGCCGGAGUGUUGGCUUUGCCGUGAACCCGGCUCCGACCUCCGAGCUGGCAGUCGGCGACAUGAGGGACUUCAAGCACUUCAUCUUUACGCAGACCAGCCUGGCUGUCGGCGAGACCGUCCAUGGCCUCGGCGAGAGGUUUGGGCCCUUCAACAAGCUCGGCCAGUCUGUCAAGCUGUGGAAUGCCGACGGCGGCACCUCGAGCGACCAGGCCUACAAGAACGUCUCCUUCUGGCUCAGCUCCCGCGGCUAUGGUGUCUUCAUCGACAACCCCGGCAAGGUCGAGCUCGAGGUCGGCAGUGAACGUUGCAACCGCGUCCAGGCCAGCGUCCAGGGCCAGCGCCUCAAGUGGUACCUGAUCUACGGCAAGAACCCCAAGGAGAUCCUGUACAAGUACUCCAUCCUCACCGGCAAGCCCGGCAAGGUCCCAAGCUGGAGCUUCGGCCUGUGGCUCAGCACCAGCUUCACUACCGACUACGACGAGGCCACCGUCAGCUCGUUCCUCGAGGGCAUGCGCGACCGCAACACGCCCGUCGACGUUUUCCACUACGACUGCUUCUGGAUGAAGGCCUUUACCUGGACCGACUUUGUCUUUGACUCUGAGAAGUUCCCGGACCCCAAGGGCUCCAUCUCGCGCCUCAAGGCCGCGGGGCUCUGCAAGAAGGUCUGCGUCUGGAUCAACCCCUACAUCGCGCAGCACGGCGAGGCAUUCCGCGUCGCUGCCGACAAGGGGUACCUCGUCAAGCGAAAGAACGGCGACGUCUUCCAGUGGGACAUGUGGCAGGCGGGCAUGGGCCUCGUCGACUUCACCAACCCGGAGGCCUGCGCCUGGUACGCCGAGUGCCUCGAGGGCCUCUUCGACCAGGGGGUCGACGCCAUCAAGACCGACUUUGGCGAGCGCAUCCCCAGCCGCGACGUCGUCUGGCACGACGCCGAGGCCGACCCGGAGAAGAUGCACAACUACUACGCCUUCCUCUACAACAAGACCGUCUACGAGGCGCUGCAGCGGCGCUUCGGCGACGACCAGGCCGUCCUGUAUGCCCGCGCGGGCUGCGCGGGCACCCAGCGCUUCCCCGUCACCUGGGGCGGCGACUGCGAGUCGACGCCCGAGGCCAUGGCCGAGUCGGUGCGCGGCGGGCUGUCCCUCGGCCUCUCGGGCUUCGCCUACUGGUCCGUCGACAUCGGCGGCUUCGAGGGCUCGCCGCCGCCCUGGAUCUACAAGCGCUGGGUCGCCUUCGGCCUGCUGUGCUCGCACUCGCGCCUGCACGGCAGCCGCUCGUACCGCGUGCCGUGGACCAUCGACGGCGACGACCGCUCCGAGGAGGGCUGCAGCCGCACGCUGGCGCGGUGGACCGCGCUCAAGAACCGGCUCAUGCCGUACCUCUUCGCGCAGAGCGCCGAGGCCGCCGACCGGGGCCUGCCGCUGUCGCUGCGCGCCGUGUGCCUCGAGUUCCCCGAGGACCCGACGUCGUGGUACCUCGACCGGCAGUUCAUGGUCGGCGACAGCCUGCUCGCGGCGCCCGUGUUCGACGAGGGCGGCGAGGUCGAGUUCUACCUGCCGCGCGGCAGGUGGACGUCGUUCUUCACGGGCGAGGUGCGCGCGGGCCCGGGCUGGUUCCGCGAGCGGCACGGCUUCGGCACGCUGCCGCUGUACGUGCGGGAGAACACGGUGCUGGUGCUGGGCAGGGAGGGCGCGAACAGCGGCGCCGUGUACGACUACGCGGCCGACGUCGAGGUGGCGCUGUACCAGGUCCGCGAGGGCGCCUCGGCGGCGCUGGUGGACGGGAACGGCAGGGCGCUGGGGCGGAUCGAGGUCGGCGGGGACGGUAGGCUCAGGGGCACGGAGAUCCUCAAGGGUCAGUGGAGCGUCAGUGAGAAGGGGAGGAAGGUCGACGCUGCUGCUGCCGGCAAGGGGAUCGAGUUGCUGGAGUAG